GGACGCGAUUUUUUUCGUCACCCAUAUUCAUUUGCCUUUUUGAGGAAAAGAGGGACAAAAAAAAAAGAAACGAACCACUUGUUGUUUCUUCCUAAAUACACUACUUACUAUGGUGACGACGUUGGAUCAGCACGAACAUCAUUCAAGUGGAGGCGAACAACUUGUCGAUGCUUCUACGAUCAAUACUUCGGCUGCUAGUAGGACUACACCAUGGCCACAAAGUCCCGGUCCCACCACCAGCACCACCAGCACCACGGCGACGGCGACGGCGGCGUUGCACAAUUCUACUAUGGACGAUAGAUUCUCCUCGAUACAAUCCCCAUCUCCAUCUCAGGGGGAUACGUUGAGAUCGCUUCUGGAAGCUGAGAAGACGAACGGUUUGAAGGUCGGUAUGCGAUGCGCAUCCGAAAGUUCGGCUGUGUUGGGUUCGCAGUUAUAUAUGGGGACUAUCCGGUAUAUUGGACCUAUCAAAGUUCCGUCGAAGCCGGAGACGGGGUGUGUCAGUCGUGAUGGUGGUAGUAGUGCUGACGUUGGUGGCGUCGGUGGCGUCGGUGGCGGCACUGGCACUGGCACUGGCACUGGCAGUUGUGAUAACGGGAACGCUCAGGACGAUAGUGAUGACGAAUUACCGGAACUUUUGCGUCCAAGUAGACUCCUUAGUCGUCUUCGAGUGUCGGGGUUCGACGAGAGUGGUGAACCGAUUUUCAUGGGGCCUGAUGAAGAGUUGGAAGGUGUGGAGAAGGACGUGGAAGUUAUGUGGGUAGGGAUAGAGUUCGACGAUCCCGUUGGAAAGAACAACGGAAGUCCAUCUGCUAACGUUAUCCUUUCAUUUCUUUCCUCCCAUUCAACGCGCACUUGUACUCCACCAACCGAUCCCGACUACUGCUAACGCUAUGAUAACGACGACUCCACCCCAUCACCGCCGCCAUUCUUCAUCGAUUUGGCAUUGGGCGAUCAAAGGGAUGUCAAGGCAUUUACGAAUGCGCGGUC